AUAAGAUAGAAUUAAAAAUCUCUCUGAGAAUAAUUCUCCAUAAUUUGGCCUCCAUUUCCAAACCCCGAAAUCCUGUUUGUCUCUUUCAACUGCAGACUCUACUCAUCUUCUCACUCUACUCCGCCUUCCCUCUCCAAAGCUUUCUCUCUCCACAGAAGAAGAGAGAUUCUCAAAUUGAAUUAAGCUGAUCUGCAGAUCAUCCAAUCAUUUCGAGAAACUCGAUACUCCUAUUCCGCAUUGAUUGAUGGAUCAGGAGCAGGCUUCUGAUGCCCUAAAUUCACCCUCAGCUGCCAUCGGCAAAAAGCUCAACGCCAAGGCUGCUGAAUUCGUCCCCCGCGCCUCCGCCUCCGCCUCCGCCGUCGCACCACCUCCGCCGCUUCGCCUGCUUCAACCUAUGUACACGAGGCCACCGUCCUUUGCACCGCCUCUGCCACCGCCUUACUAUGCAUACGAGGCCUAUUACCAGCAAGAUGCGGCGCCAUUUUAUGCGUAUAAUGUGAAUCCAGGUGGCCGGGGAGAGCAUUCGCCCGAUGGCAACACUGCGGCUUCUUCGGCGAAGAAUGGAAUGCCCGAUGCACACCAGAAAGUAGUCCACCAGGUCGAGUUCUAUUUCAGUGAUAUCAAUUUGGCAACAACUGAUCAGUUAUUUAGGUUUAUGUGCAAAGAUCCUGAAGGUUAUGUGCCACUCUCUGUUGUUGCAUCAUUCAAGAAGGUUAAAAGUGCCAUUACCGACAUCACACAGCUUGCUAGUAUCCUGCGGAGCUCAAAUAAACUGUUAGUAAGUGAAGACGGAAACAAUGUUAAACGCCUGCAUCCAUUAACUGAAUCAGAUAUGGAAGAGCUGCAAUCUCGUAUAGUUAUUGCUGAAAACUUGCCCGAGGAUCACUCCCACCAGAAGCUCAUGAAAAUAUUCUCAUCUGUAGGAAGCGUUAAGUCAAUCCGUACCUGUGCACCUCAAAAUUUGAAUGGAAAAACAGGAAAAGGUGACAGAUCACAGUGUGCUGGCAAGUUUCAUGCUUUUGUGGAGUAUGAAUCUGUUGAAUUUGCUGAGAAAGCGGUCUCUGAACUGCAAGAUGAGAGCAACUGGAGGAAUGGUCUGAAAGUCCGUUUGCUGCUUGAUAGUCCUGUAAAAUCUACUCAAGCACGAACCAAGAAAGCUGGUCAUGAGGGUCAGCCCUCUGGUAAGAAAGACGAGGCAACUGUUAGAGAGAUCCAGGGUUUCAAGGAGAAUCGGUUGGAAGAGUCAGUGUGGAACUGUGAUGCACGAAAUAAUGAGCUUCAGUUGGAGGAUUACACAAAAGGCAAUGGACAGAAGAAGGGGCGCAAUUCUGGAAGUGGUGGUGGCAGGGGCAGAGGAAAAGGGAAGGGGCAGGGACAGGGACAAGCACGAGGACGCCCUCAGCACGUGGUUAAUGGAGGAGGUGGUUUGGGACCGGCAUCAUUAGAUAUUCAAGUGUUGAACUCAUCCAAGGCGUCUCCUGUUCCUCGUAUGCCAGACGGCACAAAGGGAUUCUCUAUGGGUCGAGGGAAGCCGUUAGCCAUAAAAACUGCUUAAUGUAAGCUGUGGUAUGGGAUUAACCGUCAUCGGCUUAACAGGUAGUCUGUUGAUUUGGAUCUUGAAAAAGAGCUAUAGUAGCAUUGGUAUUUCCCUAAUCAGGUUUAGAGGGGCCCUCACUGUAGAUAGCCAAACAUUCCCCUCUCCAUCCAUAUAUAAAUCAACAGCAGUAGACGAGCUAUUGAUUUUACCACUUGUUUGUUUGAGAGAACCACAAUAUUCAAUCACCUCCGCCAACACAACAUUCAAACAGUUGUUUUUAUAUGAAAUCGAAUUGUGUCUUUGUGGA